ACGUGUGCAGAUCUUUCGCGGAAAAGAAACCCGGUACAAAUACAAAGUUAGUAGUGCUGUGCAGUAUCCAUCGGAAGGGAAAAAGAUGAAUUCCAACUGUAUAGUCCAAACUGGUUAGUAUCUGGGCUGUGUAGUGCACGUGUGGAGAGUUGCUGAUUUCUCUCUUUAAAACACCGCCAAAUAUUGUAGGUUCUUGCGUUUAUCAGGAACGUAGCCAAAUGCAAAUGUUUCCUGUUCCGCCUCCAUCAAUUCCACAACAACCGGUUCAUCGUCAUUCUCAUUCAAGAAUGAAGCAAUACCCGUCCGUGCCGCUGUUGAUGGUUCGAGCUCCGACGCCUCCGAUGUGGGUCUACGGCGUGCCCAGACCGUUGGAACAGAUGCAUUGCCAUUUUUCGUACUCAUCCGGCAUCGCCAUGUCAUCAUCGCAAAGCAACCAUGUCCAGGCCGCUAUUGGUCAGUCGCCGUCGUCAUCGGUUACUUCGACGUUCGAAUUUAAGGUAUCGAGUGUCAUUGCAAGCAAUCCUUCUGAAGCAAUGAAGUCUGCUUUGGUCCCCGAGAGUGUGACAAUGGCAAAAGCUCCAGAAACUACAUCGGCAUCAUGCAGUUUGGGCAAAACCACUUCCACUCCGGAUCAGUUUCUCGAACAGUUUCACGAGCUGGUAAAGACAGCCCUGGACGGUUGCAAAAAGGCAGAAGCGCUUGCCACGUGCCACCAGAAACGUCCCUGCUUUAAGAAAAUCGACAGCCUGUGCGCCCGGCUAAAGCAGGAUCUGGUGAAAACGGACAACGUGAUGUCGAACAUCAACUCGCAAGGGCUUGCCUGGGCGGUGAAAGACUUUAUCUUUGUGUUCACCAGAAUCAUGAAUGCUUGGAUCAUCAUCAAGGGCUACGUGCACAGCAAACCGGAAGGCUUGACAUCGAUCCAGCGCGAGCUGUGCCCGAACUUCCUGGAAGCGUUCGGGCGGUGGCACGAGACGACGCACGAGCUGAUCCAAUCGCUCAUCAAAUCGUUUACCAACCUGAACAAGCUGGCCAAGCAACAGCGCGGCGGGUGUAACAUUUUCUCCAAAGUCGAAGACUUCAAAGACGAUGCAAACCAAGGCUCGAACGAAGCUUUGGACGAUAUUGAGGAGGCUGCUGAAUCGACGCUCAACUUGAGUGAUGGUGCGUACAUACGGGCAGGGAUUUACCCGAACGUAACCUGCCCUCCGCCCGGGUUUGCGGACAACUCACCACCACCACCGUUCGCUGGGUACAAGAAACCGCAGCAGACCAAAAUGCCACUGGUCGGUGAUUGCGGUCAAGCAACGGAUUCUGCGUUUGCAUCUGCUGCAUCAGCGGUAGGAUUUAAUCGUCCAGAAUAUAAUGCUGAUCCCGAUGCCGCUACAUCAAAUGUUCAAAGAAGCGAGUGUAUGACAAGCUCUGCCGAUCGUCAGUUUAUGGAAAAUUUCCAUCGCAAAACAUCGCUAGAAUGUAUCGACUGGGUGUUGGACGAAGUUCGUGCCAUUGAGGAGGGGCAGUAUUUCUACAGCAUCAACUUUGCGAAAAACUAUUUUCCCGAUUUUCACCUGGUAGGAUCGAACAUGAUAGAUCUGCGUACGGUCUACCGGAAGCACGAUGCGGGCCGCUACGCGAUGACGGUUGAGCUGCUCGAUGAUCUGCACCAGAUAGUCGAUACGUGCAAACAGUACGCGAACGCCUCGACAGCGUUCGAUCUGUGGAAUCCAAACGAACCGAUACAGCAAGACCUUUGCACCGAUGCACAGCGGAAGGAAAUGGAAAACUUUCCCAAAAUGCAAACGUUCAUUGCCAAGAUGGAACGUCUGUUUGCCGCCAUCCGGAAGGAGCGUCCGAUGGAGUAGGGGUCGUGAAUCGAGAAGAUUGACGCAAAAUUAUUCCCUGGACAGUACGGUAGGAACUUCGCAGUGGCUUGCUUAGGUAGAGGGGAUGAUUAGCGACUUAGUUUUUCUUUUGACUGUCAUAAACCAGAACUAAGACUGAGCGCUGACGAUUUGAAAACACUGCUUGUAACACAUGAUCAACAGCAUUCCAUAUCAGAGCUAUAACAAGCAGUAUUAAAUUAAUUGUUAGAAUAUAGUAUUUAUUAACGAGCACUCACUUCAAUUAUAAUUAUUGAGUCAGGAAACAUCAGAAGAGAAGCUUUAUAAUAUGAUCUACCAUAUCAGUAAAUUACCUCUGUUAAUUUAUAGUUAAUUCGUUAAUCUAUGUUCUCAUUCAUUACUUGAUUGUUAAAUUAAACAAUUGUUGACUUUAAAACAUGACUCUAACCUACUGCAUUUUUUUUAACAAUUCAAUGACAAAUCACGCAUCUUUAACACUACCUACGCGAAAGACGUGAUUAGGGAUAAAUUCACAGUGACGGCGGAGACCGUUGUCGAUGCUGAAACGUGUUAAUAGGUGGACAACUGGUCGAUAGCUGUGUCGUUGUUUUGAACGAUUUUAGCUCUGGUUCGAUUAUCACCAGCGAUUUGCUAAUGAGCACAAGCAAGUUCGAUCCUAUGGCAAAACUGUGACAAGCCAUUGCUUACGAACCAGCUUUCUAUUAGCAACUGAUUCUGCUAAUGCUUUGCAAGGUUUAUGCCAGUUCAGCAGCAUGAUGGAUAGGCAACGGAUCAUCGCAGAUUGAUUCGUGAUGUGCUUUGUGUGGAUGUAAGAUUAAUCCAAUAAGAAAUCAUCUCAAUUAACACAUGCACGCUUCGACAGCGCGCUAUGGGAUUUACACAAAUUCAAUUCCAAUAUCGCUUGCCAAGCGAAACUUGUCAAGAUCCCCGAGAAGACUUCUUUUAAAAACGGAAUCUCAAACAUCAAAUCUAACGUUCCUUCUGUGUGAUAACGAGUAAUUUACCUCCCCCCAUCCUUUCUCAGCUCAAAAA